AUGUUGGUCCAACUCGCCGCAACCGCGGUGCCGACGCACAACGCCGCUGCACAAGGAAAUAUGCUUCGUUUCGCCUGUUCACAGCUGGUUGUCGACCGUGUCGACCCCAUCAUCGUUGGAGGGAACUCGUUCAACUUGACCAUGGACCCGGCAACCCACGAUCUCCCCGGCCUGUCCCCCUGCACAUCUUGCUCAUUCAAGGAGGACUUCUCCAACUACCGGACACGGCAAGGUUACGGCAUUCAAGCCAAUAAACGAUUCUCAUCAGAUACGGAUGGGGUUCGUGUUAAUAUGAUUGCCGGAAGCGCCGUCGACUCAAACAACGCCAAGGUAAAUAAGCAGGCAAUUUGCCAUCGUUGUUGGAUAUCCACGAACGACAACAACUUUGUGGGAGGUGCUCCUUGCUCCAGUAGCGACACCGUGGAUAUCCCGGCGGAUCCUAAAUGCUGGGACGGCAAGAACCUCGAUUCGCCAGACCACACCUCCCACGUCGCUUACUCAGAGGCUACGCCAGCGGAGGUGUUCACGUGGAACGGUUCGACGUUCACGGACAAGAGCCAAUGGCCCAUGGAUUCGAACCUAUUCGUCUACAGCAUGAACUGGGGCGGAGCUGCAGCACAUGGCGAUUACGUCUUCGGCUGGAAGAACAACCUCAACUGGCGAUGGACAAUGCCUGCAACCUCGACAAAAGAUUGUACGAAGGCAGGAAUCCACAAGCACACUUCUCCUCAAUAUAACGCAUGCACCAAGCAACAAAUGGUACCAGUGACCGUCGAUGGAUGGAUCAAGGCCCUUCCACUAGGUAACAAGGCCGUCAAGGCUUAA